AUGUUCAAAAAAUUCUCUAGGUGUUUGGUACUUGCCAAAUUAAAUUUUGCAUGUUUACCUCGCGGGUUUGAAACAUCUGCCUUGUUUGUUCCCGGGGACAGAGCUCAAGAAACGUAUUCGGUGCUGGUGCCGUACCUCGAUUUGGAUACCAGGUUUCAAAAUAAAGGAAAACUAGAAGAAAAUGUUAAACUCCGCGGGAUUAAACUCCACGUUCAGUCGUUGAAAAAAUUGUGGGAACUUUAUAGACUUACCGAAACUAAUAAAAAAGUCUUGGAGGGAAGGCGUGUGGAGAUAGCCCAAAAAAUCAAAGAAUUGCACCGAGGUGGCUCCAAAGAAAAUGAAGCAGAAAUCAGCAAGUACAUGCUUGAAGGAAAGCUGGUGAAGGAAGAUCUGAAGGUGCUGAUGAGAGGUCUGUGGGGGUUGGAAAAGCAGGCGGUAAUCAGGGCUCUGGCUCUUCCUAACGACCUAGAUGACGACACGCCCUCUCGUGGUGAAAAACCUGUGCAUGUGUUUGGCAAGAAACCAAAUGUUGGCCCUGGGAACAAGUCCAGUGUUGAGUUGGGAAAGUUGUCACACCUGGUAGACUAUCACGAAGCUUCCUGCUACUUCCUGAGCGACGAGGCUGCAGUGUUUGAGUUGGAAGUCCAGCAUUACUUCGCUGAAGAGCUUCGGAACAUAGGCUUUGUUCAGUUUGGCAAUGCUGAUUUCGCUUGGAGUGUUGUCGUAGAAGGCUGUGGGAAAAAUCACAGAGAUCCGGAUUCUGUAUUCAUCUUGCAGGACGACGAUCCGGCCCAAACCAGUCUGGAUCGCCGGCUGCAUUUGGUGGGAGGGGCGUCCUUGGCUUCAUUUUGCGCUUUCCACGCCAAACACUUAGUAGAUCAUCGUUCAUUCCCCUUGAAAUAUUUUGCUUCGGGCAGGAAGUAUGAGCCAAGUGGACGUAAUUCAGGCGAAAACGAUCUCGGUGGCCUUUUCGAUUCGUGGCAGGCAUCGGCAGUGGAAUUGUUCAUAGCUACGAGUGAUGACUCUGCAGCCAAGCGUGAGUUCAGGGUGGUCUCGGAAGCUAUCAUCAGACUGUACGAGCGGCUCGGUCAUCACUUCAGAGUAGUCUACCUCCCGCCGGACCUGCUGCACGGUUGGGAAAGCCUCCGUGCAAGCUUCCAGAUGUACUUGCCCAGCAAAGAGACGUACGUCGAGGUCGGGAACAUCUCCUUGAGCGGCAGCUACGUCAGCAAGCGUCUCCUGAUGUGUUACUCCGAGAACAAGCGAGAGCGGCAGUUCCUGAGCCUAUUGUCGGGCACCGUGUUGUCUGUCCCCAGGCUGCUGGCGUGCGUUUUGGAAAACAGUACGCACCUCCCACAGAUACCCGUUAGUUCAAAGAUAACAAUGUAAAAACUUACAGAAUUUGUUUGUAUGGCAUUGUUAGGUAAUUUAUUAAUGUUGACGGUUUGUGAUAUUUGAGUAAAAAAAAAUUUUUAGAAGUGGAUCUAAUUUUUAUUUUCUUUUUAUUAAUAUAUGCAUGGCAUGCAUCUUCAAGUAUUCCUGCAUACAUGGAAAAUCUGGAAAUGGUUGGGAAACUUAACAGUUAUCUUCGAAACCUGGUGAACUUGAUAAAAAUUAAAAACCACUCUGUAUUUUAAUUAUAAAAUUUUAAUAUUAAUCCUAACCUGAUUUUUUAUUAAUAUUAAUUACCUGUAUUCAUAUACAAACAACUUUGUAUUACUUUUAAGCACAAUCAAGCAUAGCUUAUCUUUUACCUGAUCACAAUAUAGUGUUUCAAAGUUUGGUCAAACAUUUACCUAUAUUAGUUUUCAUUUUUAGACUGGCAGAGUUGGUUACAUAAUGGUGAUAGAAAUAAUAAAAUGAAAACUAAGAAAAUGUGUUCUAGUCAAUUCUACUCUUAUGUUUGUUGAAAUGCAUUUUGAAAAUUUAGAUUUAUUUAAACUGGUAGUACAGUUUAUACAUUUUAAGUGGGACAGGGAAAUCGGGGAAAACUAAGUGAAAUCUACUGAAGUAAGAGUAUCGUUACCCUGAAGUUUGUAAUAAAAUACAUCCCGUGUCCACAAGUAUUGAAAUAUAUUAUUUGGAUCCUCACUAAAAUACCAAGCUUUUAUUUUAAAUAUUCAUGUGUGCAACAUAAUAUUAAACUCCUAAAACCCAAACAUUACACAGACUCUGCUUCAGCCAAGUACAUGCUGAUGAGACGUCAUCCUGUCGGUGAUGAAGGUAUGUCAAUGUGGUAAUAGGCACUUUUGGGCUAGUUGCAGCCAACUGAAACUGACUGGUUGUGUGUGCUACUGAGAGGUAUCCUGGCUCAGUGCUUUGUCAGCGCUGUCAGUUCUCAGCAGUGCCUCCUGAUGUUUGAUUCAAUCGAGGGGUUCACCCGCUAGGAGCCUUUUUGCACAUAAGAGGUCUAGGAAUGAAGGAACGAUAUUGGCACUCCCUAACCUAGACAUGCACACUGUGACGUGGUGCAUACGUGUUGCGUUGCGUAAAACGAAGGGACGUUAAGCCCUGUCCCACAAUUGUGCGAAAUUGCAUUUUCAUUUCACUAUCAAUUUGCUAGUUCCACCGUGCACAGAAAUCUAACGAAAUAGUAACCAGUGAGAUUGUUUGAAAAUUUCGUAACCUACACAAUUGUAUCAUAGUUACCUGCUUGUAUAAAGAUUAAGUUGAUUUGUAAUCAUAGUAAUGCAGUACAAAAUGAGAUGUCAUUUAAAGUGUGAUGGCCAAGGAAAAUUAUUUAAGCUAUUAAAAAUUCAUAUAUUACUUUUA